AUGGCGGCAUCUCGCUCGCAGUCCGCCGACGCGGAAGCGCCGCUAUACAGGAACAACCGCUACCACGGGCUGGUCGACAGUCUCGCUUUCGUCGACGCGGUGCCGGUGGAGCUCGAGGGCCACAUCCGCGAGCUCGUGGAUGCUGAGAAGCGCGCGAUUCUGGAGGAAUUUGGCGGCGACGAGCAGUCGCUUUUGGAGAGCUACAUCAAGCCGCUCGGUCCCGCUCCGGACCACUCGGGAUCAGGGCACCUUUACCAUGCAGAGGUGGAGCGCAGGUCACGUGGCGAAGCGCUGCAAGCGAUCGACGUGGAGCGCUACGCGGGCUACGAGCACGUGAAGGACGUUGAGGAGCGCCUGGACCACGUGCAUAUUCUGAGCGAGUACGCGCAGGGAGCGCACCUGAACCUGGAGCUGAUGGACCGCUACAAGGAGGCUGCGUGGCUGAGCCACCUGGACAACCUGGUGUCCAUGCAGUCGAGCAUGUCCCGCGAGAAGUCCCGCCUCGAGUCCGCCAUCGAGCAGCUCAACAAGGAGCGGAAGGUCAGCAACGUGGAGUGGGCCAGCCGUCUGCGCGCGCUGAGCCAGGAGCAGGAGGAUUACCAUGCGCGGAACCUGCAGCUGCUUGCGGCCAUCGAGAAGCUACAGAACAGCCGCCAAAGCUCCGCCACCGAACAGUAG